CAUGUGUAAGAAUGCAAAUUUGUUGUUGUGCGCUCUAUUUUGGGGUAUUUUCCCAGCAAUGAUAAUAUUGUGAAUACUUGCACAAGUGACGGGAACCCCGAGCAAGAUGACAGUCGAACAAAAUGCAAUUCGAAAUCAGCAGCUUAUAAAGAAUCAGGAGACCGCCCUCAACCAGCUGAAGGAGAUCACCGGAGUCCAGGACCUGGCCGCUCUGAGGCACGCCUACGAGGCCAGCAACGGCGACAUCACCCAGGCCAUCACCUUCCUGACCGAGGGCCACGAGGCCACCACAGCAGCAGCCGGAGCAGGGGCAGCAGGAGCAGCGGGGGCGGCCCAGGGGAACCCAAGGCACCAUGCUGCCCACCAACCAGUGGCAGUCGCGACUGCAGCAACUGCAGCAGCACAGCCAGCCAAUGCUCCGGCCAGCGUGCAUGGUCCAAGAAACAGGCCUCAAGGAGAGGACGGUAAGUCGGGUGAUGUGAUCGACCUGACUCAGGAUCGAGACGAGAAAGAGGACCUACAAAGAGCCAUAGCACUCAGCCUGCAGGAGACCACACAGGCCAGCAUCGGAGUAUCGGCAGAGGAGCAAGAUAUCAGCAGAGUUCUUGAGCAGAGUAUCCGUGAUGCAGGGCAAGGCAGGAGUAACACAUGGUUUGUCGAUCCUCUCAACCCCCACGAUCGGCAGAGGGAAAGCGGCUGGCCAGUGGGACUCAAGAAUGUGGGCAAUACGUGCUGGUUCUCUGCAGUUAUACAGUCGUUAUUCCAUCUUCCUGCCUUUCGUCAGCUGGUGCUUAACUUCAGUCCUCCACCUGCCAAGGGAACGGGGACAGGAGAUGCCAAAAACCAUGUGCAUAGGAAUCUCUUGUUCAUGUCAGAGCUCCGGUCUCUCUUCGCUCUCAUGCUGGGUACCAGGAGAAAGUACGUUGACCCUUCCAAGUCCGUCCAGAUUCUCAAGGCAGCUUUCAGCGGUGGGGGUGCUGACAACCAACAGGAUGUCAGUGAAUUCACGCACAAGCUUCUCGAAUGGUUAGAAGAUGCCUUCAUAUUAGACACAUCUGGGCAUCCCUCACAAGAGGAAGGCGCUGACGGAGGAUCAAACGUAGCCAAGAACCCCAUGCUCGAUCUCUUUUACGGCCAGUACAAAGCAGAGGGCAUCAACGAGGGCAAAGUAUUCAGCAAUCUGGAGACCUUUGGACAGUGCCCUCUCCAGAUCAACGGCUACCAUGAUCUUCAUCAGAGCCUGGAAGCUUCCAUGUCCAAGGCGGAGAUCGAGACGGUCAACGGAGAUGCAACUUAUCUGUCGGCACAAGAGCACUGGUUUACUAGGUUACCCCAUGUUCUCAUCUUCGAGCUUUCAAGAUUUCAGUUCAACCAGGAGCUUGGAAGGCCUGAGAAGAUACACAACCAAUUCAAGUUCCCUGCAACACUUUAUAUGGAUAGAUAUAUGGAUGCUAACCGAGAGAUUGUAAGAAAAAAGCGUGAAGAAGUUGCCGUGCUACGUCAGCAGUAUAGUGAACUGCAAUCUAGACUAGAAAGAUUUUUAUGCUACGGAUCUGGUGCUAAGCGGAUGCCUUUACACGACGUCCUCCAAUACACGUUAGAAUAUGCAAACAGCGGGUGCCCUGAGCGGAGGCAUCUGGAUGGGAUGGGGAGUCCCCCUCAAGGAAUCUGCAAUAACACCUCCGCCUGCGAGGAUGUGGAGAUGGCGUCGCCUUGUGGAUCAGCUAGUAACAGUCCUAGACCUGGCUCAUCGCCAAACCUCCAACCCAUGGAGCAGCCCUUUGCGCCGCCAAGCCCCACCUCCCUCUCCCUCUCCACAUCACCAACAGUGUCUUCCAAGCUACCAAGGUACCAGAAACCGCCUCCGCUCAACCUUCUGGACAAGCCCCCACUAGGUCACGGCGCCGGUGGUGGUACCGCUGGUCACGGCGGCGCUGGGGGUUCCGGUGGCCUGGGUGCCGGUGUGGGGCCUGCAAUAAAGGGUGAACUGCCCUCUCCCAAACCUGGACACAUCACAGACACAGAGCUAAAUAUCUUACAAGGGUGCUUGAAGAGGUGGAGGACAGAGGUCAUGAGUGAGGUCACAGAAUUACACCAAGAGAUUGCCAAAGUAGAUGAAAAGAUUCACACGACGUAUGAAGAAGUGGAACUCAAAUAUCACAAGUACCGCCUUCACGCUGUCCUGGUCCAUGAAGGUCAAGCCUUGGCUGGUCACUACUGGUCCUACAUCCUCAACCACAAGAGGAACGUCUGGAUUAAGUUCAACGACAUCGCCGUCACCGAGGUUACGUUUGAGGAGCUAGAGAGAGUGUCGUUAGGAGGGGACGGUAACGCUAGUGCCUAUUGCGUCAUGUAUGUGGAGUCGGGCAACAGAGCGCUCUUUGAAGAGGUGCAUGCAGAAACGGGUCUCAUCAACCUGGAGGAUCUGGGAAAUGACCUCGGGCAACUGAUCGUCGACGACAACCAGAAGUUUGAGGAGGAGCUGAAGCAGUGGGACGAGCAGGUACAGCAACGCCGACAGCAACAACUGCAACUUCAGCUGAAACAGCAGGGAGAGAGAGGGCAGGCCGAUGGAGGGGCCAGAGAGAGGGUCACAUCGAGGGGAGCCAGCACCACUAACGAGGAGGUCAUUGCCGUCGAUGAUGUUCCUAUGAAGGAUGAAGAGGAAGCCAUGUCGCCGAGACGAGUGCCACCGCUUGCCAACCAGGACAGCAUGGAGACAAGUCAUCCUGAGACAAGGCCCAAGACUCCAAAGAGUCCUAGAACUCCCAAGAGCCCGGUCUCCGCUGCACCAUUCUUUGGUGAAGGAGGUCCAGAGGCUGCUGUGCAGCAGAUGUAUGCUCAUGAAUUGAAGAAGUGCCAGGAGGUGGCCGUGGCUGAGGACCCUCCUGGAACGGAUUCAAGGUUAGAGUCCUUUGCCAUCUACCUGCUGAGAAACAACGCUGCCAACGGGCUGAUGCAGCAGAGCAUACUGAUACAACUCAAGGAAAUGGGACUGGCUUCUGAUGAUCUUAGGAGUCAAGCGAUAGGGAAGAUUGCCCAGAGGAAGCUGGAGAGCGAUCAGGCGUAUCGGAACGUCCACUCCUUGUUGAAGGCCUGGCAAAGCGAUUACAGCACCUUCAUCAGGACGGCCUCGUUCUUCAAUCAAGGCAUUUUGUUAUGCCUCCAACAGGGAUUGUAUCAAGAAGCCUUACCCUACUUUGUCCAUGCCUGUAAGCUCAACGAAACAUUUGAUCCGCCAGACACCAGCAAGAGAAUGGACAGCAAGCUACUAGAAUACUUCAGGAGACAUUGUUUAAUACAACUCAACGAGCAGUGCGCCACAACCUUUGACGCCGGCGAAGAACAGGAAGCCAGCACUAGCCUGCAGGUGAUGAGCGAGCUGGUUGUACCCUGCACAAGUCUGCUGGGAUCCAACCCCGGCGACGAUGCGCAGGCUGUGGAGGAGAUCAGGGGGAGAUGGUGCUCGUAUCUUGGACAUGACCUACCUGGUAAACUGCAGGACAAGCUCCAAGACCUCUUGUCGCGGCUCCUGGACGGCUCCUCGGACGGUCUGACGGUCAAAACCCCGCCCCUCAUCCGCGCCCAACGAACGGUCAACCACAGUCAGCAGUUUAGAAAAAGCAUGCAACUCAUCAAGAGCUUUGAAGAAGCGGGCCAGGGAGAAGACUCAUCAUAGCACAGAGCCAUCACCAGGGACCCGUUUCACAAAGCCUUUUAUCAAUGAGAAAUGACAAAAGUCAGUGACGAAUCUGCUGAUGACCAAUCAGAAGCAAGCAUUUCAGUAGCUUAUAACAAAAACUGUCAUAUGUCACUGAUGACAAGUUUCGUGAAACGCCCCCAGGUUCAUAUAUGACGAGUCUGCCAGGGAAUUCUUGGUGAAUUGUAGAUCAAUGCAGAACUCUUUUUGAUACAGAGCAUCCAAGCAGCAGGCAACGGUAGGAGUUGGCACGACAGUGAGUCAAGAAGUUAUCCUUGAGUACUUUGCCAGGGAACGCUUGGUGAAUUGCAGAUCGAUGGAGAACUUGUUCUGAUACUCAGUAUCAAACAAAGCCGAAAGCUAUAGGACGGAGCACAGAGCAAUGAGGUUUAUAUUUGACAACUCUGCCAGGGAAUUCUUGGUGUAUUGUAGAUCAAU